GAUUUGCAGGGUGCCGACGAUCAAAACAAGGCCUGUAGUGAUUUGAAGAAUACAAGUAUCAUGACUUUGUUCCCAUUGUGACUGAUUUGUUCUUUGCUUUGUCGAUGCCCCAACAAAGUUUGAACAAUGAACAUUACUAGGUGGCACUUGAAGCUCAAGCCAAGGGCACUAUAAGAAGGCUAGCUAUCUGCUAGCAGUCAACGCUAAAAGCUGAACGACUAACCAUACUCAACCUUAUCAUUCUCGACAUCAUGGAGUCUGCAAACGCAUACGCCGCGGUAUUUUCUGCAGUGCUUGCGCGUCGCGCCGCAACGGCAAGUUCGUUCCAGGGGCCAUCAAGACGCCCUCGAGCUAAACCGGAUGCAACCGGGGGAAACUACAACCCCAUGUGCCGAAAGACGCUAGGAAAAGGUGCAUUCAUGAAGGACGAGACUCUGUGUCGGGCGAAAGACGGCAAAAUCAUUCGGUCACCGGAGACAGAAUCGCAGUCAAUGACAAGCCUCGCUCAGAACGGGAAUAUGCGCCAUGGCGUUCCACGUCAUGACUGCCCUGACUUCGGCGGACAUGCAGCAGGGACAGAGGAGGUCGGGGCGCCAUUUCAGGCGACUUGCGGCUCCAUUCAUGUUGAGGCGCCUUCAACACAGCUGGCUUUGAUGUAUGGAACGCUGGCCUUUUCCCAGGAUUGCCAGGAAGGAUACGGAACGAUGCAGAGUUAUACGGGGAACGGACCAAACGUGGAGAUUGACGUCGAUCCAUGGCAACUAUCCGAGGAGAACAGAAUAUUCGACAUGUUCAUCAACGUGGAGGAAUGCGCUGCAUAAGGGGAAAGAAGGGUCUAUGAUUAGACGCCCCAUGAUGACACAACCGUACCGUACUAAUGCCUUUAAAAUUUUAAUACUAGACAUAGAUUGUACUUUGCUGGAAUUCGAGAGGAUACCUCAAGGCGGGAGAUCAUGACCGCACGAAGAACGCGUGUGAGCCAAAAUUAAAAAAAGGCGACAGGGAAAAUGGUUAGCAAUGACGAGCAAGAAGAGACCUAUACCAUGGGCGCUGUUCCUGCCCAAGCCUAAACUGGGAUUAGUCGCCGAGCU